CAACCAUCAUGGUCAAUUCGAUGGAGAACCCGGCACCGCUCCGUCGGUUCUUCGACGCAGGGCCACUUGCGUUCAAUGCAGAGGAUGACGAAGAAAGUCGUGUACAGUUGAUUGUGUGGGUUAUCUCUGGAACGUUCGUGCUGACUGCGCUGAUCACGUCUGUGAAGCUCAUUCGGAAUCACUUGGUAUAUUUCACGAAGCCUUUGGUGCAGCGCAAGAUCAUUGGGAUUCUGUGGAUGGUGCCUAUUUACGCAACGACGUCGUGGUUGUCACUUCGCUUUAAAGACUGGUCGCUGUUUCUCGACAUGUUUCGCGAUUGCUACGAAGCGUAUGUGAUCUAUCUUUUUCUCGCGUUGAUGGUGGCAUAUCUCGGAGACGGCAGCGACGACCGCGUCGUGCGGAUUCUACGAACGCUACCGGACCUUCCUCAUCCAUUUCCAUUCAACUAUUGCAACCAACCCAUCAAGAUGGGCAAACGGUUCCUCCGCGAUUGUAAAAUGGCUGCGAUGCAGUUCGUGGUGCUGAAGCCACUGACGGGAUUGCUUGCGAUUAUCUUGGAGAAAUUUGAUAUGUACGGGCAAGGUCACUUUGUCUUGAACCGAGGGUACUUGUACCUCUCUUUGAUCAUCAACGCCAGCGUCACUUAUGCGUUUUACUACCUCGUGCUCUUCUACUUGGCGCUGGGCACACACCUCAAGCCGUACAAUCCCGUGCCUAAGUUCCUCUGCGUCAAAGCGGUGCUCUUUCUAUCGUACUGGCAGAGCGUCGUCCUUGCCUUCCUGUCGCGGUUCGAAAUCAUCCACCAGCUCGGCUCCUGGACGACGGACGACGUGACAAAUGGGAUCCAAAACGUCCUCAUUUGCUUUGAAAUGAUGGUGAUCGCUGUCGUCCACACGUACGCGUUUCCAUUCGAGUCGUUCAAGAACGAUGACGUGUUCUCGGAUGCGCUUGACAGCGGCAGUCUCCGCGACAGCAUCCUGUCUGAGAAUUUUGCCUUCGAUGACGCGCUUCGCGAUUUCAACGAGGUCAUGCCGAUCGUUCUCCCGUCGGGAUUCAAGCCGUCGUCCAACUCGAGGCGCAGCGACAAGCUGCUGUCCCCUGCACGCGGCGGGAAAGUCACGAAAACCAAAGUCACGGCAUACAAAAACCUCAACACAAACAGCGCCGUCGCCCCCGAAGACGCCGAUCGUGGGUGGAAACUUUGAGUUGGCCAUGAGCCCCGUGUAACUAUAUAUCCACCUUCAACCAGUA